CAUGUAAACUAAUACCAUGUGUUGUUACCGUUAUUGCUUAUUACGCCAAUAGCAAUAGCUACUGAAUGCCAUUCGUUGUAAUUUGUAACAGUUGUAGACUGUAGUUGCUAGUUUGUUGUAAGUUGUAACUACUAGCUUCUAAACUGUGGUUAAUACUUAUACUAUACUCUCUCUCGUAGAAUAUAGUUGACGUAUGUCUAUUAUCGCACGUUAGACGUCGCAUUAAAUUGUAAUUCUGCAAUUGUUGUUUAGCGUUAUAGCUAAAUUAACUUUGAUUGGCAGUCAUAAGUGUUACACCAAGUCCAGCACCAGAAACGAAAACAGCACUAGAAUUAAGAACGUCAACAAACCUUAGCGAGAAUGUUGAACGACGAAGAAACGCCAAAUACAGAACCAUCUACCUCAGAAACUACAGAAACCACAAACGUAGCUACCAGCUCCACGGAAAAAGCCACUGAUGACGACCAACGCCAGAGCACGUCUGUUGCUGAUGCAAAUGCUGGUGCGCUGGAGGUGUCUGAAGAAAAAUCUUUGGCCAAUACAGACGAGUACAUCCGCUUGCGUGUCAUCACUAGUGAUAUGACUAACGAAGUACACUUUCGUGUAAAAGCCGCCACAGCCUUGGUUCGCCUGAAACGUUCAUACUGCAGCAAGUUGGGUUUUCAAGUGGAUGAAUUACGUUUUGUGUUUGAUGGUCAUCGAAUAACUGAUGAAGAUACCCCAAAAUCAUUAGGCAUGAUAAAUGACGAUGUAAUUGAAAUAUACCAAGAGAGGACUGGUGGUAUGUGAUGUAAACAUGUAAAGUUAAUUUUAUUUUUAAUUUAAAAUCUAUGUGUUUUUUACUGAAGUGUCUUAAAAAUGAAUUCUUAUCACAAAGUAAAUAUGUAUUUUACAAACAAUAUAAUAAUAAUAUGUUGAUGGUGGUUUUCAAUAACAGCAUUUUUUAAUUCCAAAAAUAGGCCAAAAUGUCAGAAUUAUACAACAUUUAAAAUUGUUAACAGUUUAAACUUUACUUUUAUAAAAAAAAUGUUAGCUAUAUUUGUUUUCUUAAAUCUUAAAUAAAAUUAAAUAUACAGAAUGA